CCGCGAAUAUGUUCUCCUCCUCCUCCUCCAUAACCCAACUAUACGCCCGCGGCUAAUCAGCUCAUCACUCCAAACUCCCACUUCGCUCGCAGCAGGCACAGCCAUGGCCGCUCGUUCUGCCGCCAAAGCCUGCCACGCUCUGCUCGGUGCUGUCCACGCGAAGCUCCGCGCGUCCGCGUCGCAGCUGCGGGGUUCCUACCGCUCCCUGGGCGCCUCGACGUCCGCGGCGCUCGCGGCCGCCCUCGCCGCGCUCCUCUGCUUCGCCGCGGCGUUCCCGCGCGCCGCGGCCUCCUUCCUGCCGCUGCUGGCGUCCACCUCCCUCUGCCUCGCGGCGGCGGGGCUCUUCGCCGCCGAGGAGCGUGGCGCCGCGGGCGGGGACGGCGGCGCCGUGGAGGCCGUCGUGGUCAUGGGCGGCCGGGAGGGACGACGGAAGGUCGAGGCCGGGCUGGUGCAGGUGAUCGGCGAGGCCAACGCGAGCGCGUACGGCGCCCGCGACGGCCUCCAGGUCGGGUGCUUCCUGCGCAGGUCGGCGUGGCGCGGCGUGGACGAGGACGGCGAGGAGGUCGUCUUCGCCGGCACGCUGGCGCCCCGCGUGGCGGGCGGCGCCGUCGACGCCGCCGGCGUGCUGCAGCGGCUGGGGCACGGCGAGCUGGAGGAGGAGGUCGCGGCGCUGCGGGUGGACAGGCUGGCGGAGGGCGUGUGGAACAGCUACUUCGGCGGGUGGUCCAGGUGGCACGACGUCGACGUGGCGGUCUAGGUCAUGAUGCGGGUCAAUUCAGUUCAAUUGGGUUCCUGUGGACCGCGCGAAUAUUUGCUCGGCUACCUUUGGCUUUGGAUAACCCAAGCUGUUCCUGUGAGAUUCCUGCGUUCUAGACUUCUAGUCACUGAGUUUGGAGUUCUUCGCCGUUGGCUGCAAAAUUACUACUAUGCCGUUUCAAAAACAAAAUUACUACUAAA